CGCAUACUGCAGACCAUUAAUCAAGGACCCUUCCUUCUCUGCCAACUUCUGUUGCGAGGGCUCGAUCGUUUUGGCCGUGGCUUGUGCCGGCCGUGACUUCAUUUCUACGAGUUGCCCAUACCACUCAGAUUAUUACGUGGGUCCUGGUUACCCUGUUGACUUUAGGGACUCAGGGGCGGAGCUGGGCAGGCCUGCACCUGUGCCAGCGGGCUCUGCCAAGACGCUGGAACUAGUUUUUCAAUACAUACAUUGAAAAUUACUGGAUAGCAGCACGGCGGAACCAUGCCUCUGCCUCAACCAGCAAGCCUGCGAGACCGCACGCCGGAGUUCCUUGCGAUCGCGGAGCGACUGCAGCGUCAGCCUGGGUUUGCGCCGUCAACUAGCGGGGCGCCGGCGACCAAUGGCAGCGGGCCGGGUUCGGGACCAUCUACCUCUGCAUCCAGCAAGGGCCAGCACAGCGAGUUCGCUCGGCGUGCAGCCGAUAUUGGACACGGCAUUCACCGCACGUCCGUCAAGCUUCAAAAGCUUGCACAGCUCGCCAAGCGGACGUCAGCGUUUGACGACCCAGCGCAGGAGAUAGACGACCUGACGGGGAUGAUCAAGCAGGACAUCCAGGGGUUGAACAACGCUAUCGCGGACCUGCAGCGCGUUUCGGCCCGCAGCAAAGGGGAGGACCGGGGGAACAAGCAGGUGUCGGACCACAGCCACACAGUGGUGGACAACCUGCGCAGCAGGCUCAAGGACACCACCGCCACCUUCCGUGACGUGCUUACGGCGCGGACAGACUCCUUGAAACACCACCGCGAGCGGCGGCAGCUGUUCACAUCAAACACGGAUCCGGAGGCGGGGCUACCGCUGUUGGCGCGCCAGCGCGCGGCUGCAGCGGCCUCGUCCUCAGGGGCGCUGGGCGGCGCGGCGGGCAGCUCCUCAGCACCCAGCGCGCCGACGCCCAGCUUCCUCGCCGCCUCGUCGCCCGCACAGCUGCAGCAGCAACAGCAGAUGCAGCUGCUGGCACCUCAGGACACGUACCUCAGCAGCCGUGCCGAGGCCCUGCGCAACGUGGAGAACACGAUCGUGGAGCUGGGCUCCAUUUUCAACAAGCUGAGCGAGCUGGUGGCGGAGCAGGGCGAGCUGGCCAUCCGCAUCGACGAGAACGUGGAGGACACGCUGUCCAAUGUGAACGCGGCGCAGGCGCAGCUGCUCAAGUACCUGAACGGGUUGCAGAACAACAAGUGGCUGGUGCUCAAGGUGCUGGGCGUGCUGCUGGUGUUCAUGGUGCUGUUCGUCAUGUUCAUUGCUUAGCCGGAGGUUGUGGCGUAGUGGCAGUACUGGUCGUGUUUGGCACAGUGUAAUUGUCGGGUGGAUGUUGUCGUAGAGACGGAGGUGGUGGGUAUUGUGGUGGACCUGGUAGUGGCACUUGAAAUGGUCGUCCUGCGGCGCGGAAAUGCCGCCACACACUGCGUUUGCGUGGUGGCGUCACGCCCGCUGUCCGCUUGGAGAUGGUGGAUGCGUGACCGGACUGCUUCGGGUGGGCUCCACAGCAGCGUGGCGGAUUGUGCGCCGUGUUAUGGCUGGGAGUGUUGACGUCGGCGGCGGGAGGCAUGCACGUUGGUGCGUGGGGUUGCAGCGCGUGGCGACGGUUGCAGAGUCGGAGCGCCACGCAACUGGGGGUCUCGGGGAGUGUAGUGUGCAUGCCGGUGUUCGCGUCAAAAGAUAGCCAUGCCCUCCUGGUUUGGGGCGUGCGCGGCCUUAUGCACUGACAGCAAUUCGACUGGUCGCUGGGCCCUCCCAAUGCCCCGUGUGCACGGCCACAGGCCACAGCAGUGCUGUAUGCCGGCGGGAUACAGGGGACGAGGGCGGUCGCUGCUUCCCGGCUGCCGCGUCUACCUGCAUGUGAUGAUGGCGCUGCAUGUCGUGAUUCGACCGCGUACGGUAGUGGGGAGGUGUCUGUGGAUUCGCAUCACUAAGUAGGGACUGCGCUGUGCAGGGUAGAUGUUACCUUGGCAUAACGGGGCGCCUGUGCAGAUGGCCGCGAGGCCAAGAGCGGCUGCAUGCAGGCAGGCCCGUAUGCAGGCGAGACGUGUCAAUCGACCCGCAACACGUUGCGGGUGCAUCGAUGACACGGGACAGAUUUAGGCCAGAGACGUGCUAGUGUAACGAUGUAUGUAG